GAUAGAAGGUAGUGGUUAGCGCUCUCCACCACAUUCUUAUAUCGACACACACCCGGUCGGAGUGAGGAAACUCCCGAGCGGAAUAUUUUUGCGACAGAGGAUUUCUUCAAUGUUCGCUAAAUGAAGGAGUCAAAAGCCCAAACACCUCGGACUUGUUCUGCGUGGCAUCCCAGGCGUGCACAGCUAGUCACAAAAGCAGUGGUACCUCCAGUUUAGCCCUGCCCAGCCUCACACACCCCACCGGCCUGGCUCAAGGAGGGAGGGAAAAUAAUAAGAUUGUUGAUAUUGUGGGUUCAAUAGUUGUUGCUUUACACCUGUCACGACUUCUGGUCAUUGUUUUCAGUGCAAACAGCUUUUGAAAGACUGCCCAGAAUUGGUUUCGAAUUUGGAAGAUCGUUAAAUUGCAAGUUUGUUUCGGUAGCCGAAAGAGGCACGAGUGCUCACAAGCUAGUAACGUUAGCGACACAACACAGCAGACGAGUUCCAUCCCUCCAGACGCAACUUCCAGAGGCCAUUCAGUGUGCCUCCAUGGGACUAUUUCCGAUAAUGCAACAGCCUGUCAUAUUUUACGGAUCAGCAUUCUCGCAUUGAGCAACAUAACACACGUGUAACGGUGAACCAUAUAAUAUUUGCCAAACCAGCUAGCUAGUAAGCUAGCCAUCUUGCUAGACAGGUCAGCUUCCUUGUAUCAAAUAGCAAACCGUCUAGUACUAGUAGCUAAAUGAAAUCGUUAGUUUGUUUUAAAGUACUUUUUUUUUUGAUAGCAAACCGUAUAGAAUUUUAAGAGACAUCGACUCCAAACACGGAAGCUAGUUAUCGUAUUUUAAAAAGAAUGUAAUCUAUCACAUUUGAGUCGCUGAGAGCCAACAAAAGACUCAAUUUUGGAUAUCAAUUGACGACACGAAUUAUUUCUGUGUCCCUGGUUUUAACUGGAUUUGUCCUCCCCUUUUGGUUCGACGCGGGAGCAGCGGGAUUUCGACCUCCACUCAUCUGUCACGUCGAUAUUUGUAUACGUUCUCCUAUCCCUCCCUUCCACAACCUUUCCCCGUUUCUCUCUCCGAUGCGGAGUGCUGAGUAACGCCGGCAACCAAAUCGAUAACGGCGGCCGGGACAUGCUGAAGUGUAUCCCUUUGUGGCGUUGUAACCGCCAAGUCGAGUCGGUGGACAAGCGACAUUGUAAUUUGCAAAAUGUCCCAGACGAGAUAUUUCGCUACAGCCGCAGUCUGGAGGAGCUUCUCCUCGACGCUAACCAACUCCGAGAACUACCCAAGCCUUUCUUCAGACUUCUGAACCUGCGGAAACUGGGUCUGAGUGACAAUGAGAUCCAGAGGCUCCCUCCUGAGGUGGCCAACUUCAUGCAGCUGGUGGAGCUUGACAUUUCCAGAAACGACAUUCCUGAGAUCCCCGAGAGCAUUAAGUUCUGCAAGGCAUUGGAGAUUGCAGACUUCAGUGGAAACCCCCUCUCCAAGUUGCCUGAUGGUUUCACUCAGCUCAGAGGGCUCGCCCACCUGGCACUUAACGACGUCUCAUUGCAGACACUGCCCAACGACAUAGGAAACCUGGCCAACCUGGUGACGCUGGAGCUCAGGGAGAACCUGCUCAAGGCCCUGCCCACGUCACUCUCUUUCCUGGUGAAACUGGAACAUCUGGACCUGGGCAGCAAUGAACUGGAUGUGUUGCCGGACACACUUGGUGCUCUCCCUAACCUACGGGAGCUGUGGUUGGACCGCAACCAGCUCUCCUCUUUGCCACUAGAGCUGGGGAACCUGCAGAGACUAGUGUGUCUAGACGUGUCAGAGAACCGACUGGAGGAGUUGCCCUCAGAGCUCAGCGGCCUGCUGGCCCUCACUGACCUGCUGCUCACACACAACCUCCUGGUGGUGGUCCCCGACAGCAUAGGCUCUCUGAAGCAGCUGUCCAUCCUGAAAGUGGACCAGAACCGACUGACCCACCUGAGUGACUCCAUAGGAGAGUGUGAGAACCUGACGGAACUCGUACUGACCGAGAACCUCUUACAGACUCUGCCUCGCUCGCUGGGCAAGUUGAAGAAGCUGACCAACCUGAAUGUCGACCGCAACCGGCUGGGCGACGUGCCUGAUGAGCUGGGUGGUUGUGCCAGCCUCAACGUGCUCUCCCUCAGAGACAACCGCGUGGCCAAAUUGCCCGCUGAGCUGGCUGGCGCCACCGAGCUCCAUGUUCUGGACGUGGCAGGGAACAGGUUACAGAACCUACCGUUUGCCCUGGCCAACCUCAACCUGAAGGCCAUGUGGCUGACGGAGAACCAGUCCCAGCCCAUGCUCAAGUUCCAGACGGAGGACGACGAGAGCACCGGGGAGAAGGUGCUCACCUGCUACCUGCUUCCCCAGCAGCCCUCCCCCAGCCUGGAGAACCUGCUGCAAAACAGUGUGGAUGACAGCUGGAUAGACAGCAACCUGAACCGGGUGUCAGUAAUCCAGUUCCAGGAAGAGACUACCAAGCAGGAUGAGGACGAUGAGGCGGCUGCAGAGCGCAGGGGUCUCCAGCGCCGGGCGACGCCCCACCCCAGUGAGCUGAAGGUCAUGAAGAAGGUGAUUGAGGAGAAGAGGAACGAGGCCUACACAUCCUGUCUUGAUGGAGAGCCAGAGUCUCCUGGUAUUGAGGAGAAACGACUGAGCAAUCUGUCCAAUCAGAGCCACGACUCUGCGGCGUCCAACAGCACAGCCUCUGCCAACUCUCACGAGGAGAGACGGUGCAUGAUUACCACAGCGAGGGAGAGCCUAGUGGGUGGGCGUGGUGAGGAGGACGAGGAGCUAGACGAGAUGGAGGUGGAGUAUGUAGAGCCCACGGUGCACUUUGCAGAGGAGCCCAUAUACCGGGGUGGGAAUGAGGACGGUGAGGAUGAGGAGGGUGGGGACAGGGUCCCAUGCAGCGACCUAGAGGAACAGAGGCCCCAGUUCCCUUCGGAGAAGCAGCGUCUGAUCAGGAAGGACACGCCGCACUACAAGAAGCACUUCAAGAUUACCAAGCUGCCCAAACCCGAGGCGGUGGCCGCAUUACUGCAGGGCUUCAGCCCCGACGCACACCUGGCCCAACACCCCACCUCGCACCACCCUGACCCCGAGGAGGAGGAAGAGGAGGAGUAUAUGGUUACUCCACAGCGCCACAACAGAAUAGAAGAGCCAGAGCAGGAUGAUAGGAGUCUGCUUCAUGUCAACUCUUCCCUGCAGCCGGUCAAGGGGGUGUCAUUUGAUCAAGUCAAUAAUCUCCUGAUUGAGCCUGCUCGAAUUGAGGAGGAAGAGCACACCCUGACCAUUCUACGGCAAACUGGGGGCCUGGGCAUCAGCAUAGCCGGAGGACAGGGAUCCACACCCUACAAGGGGGAUGAUGAGGGAAUUUUCAUCUCCAGGGUGUCUGAAGAGGGCCCUGCAGCGCAGGCUGGGGUCAAAGUGGGAGACAAACUCCUAGAGGUGAACGGUGUGGUUCUCCAGGGGGCAGAGCACCACACGGCAGUAGAGGCCUUGCGCAGCUCGGGCGCCGCCGUCUCCAUGAGCGUCCUCCGGGAGCACAUGGUGGAGCCGGAGAACGCCAUCACCACCACACCGCUGAGGCCCGAGGAUGACUACUUCCCCCGGGAAAGACGGGCCAGUGGCCUUCCCUUCUGCAUUGAGGCAGGCUCCCCCGCAGGUCUCCGACACAGGCUGUCUACCUGCCUGAUCCGCAACGACAUGGGUCUGGGCUUCAGCAUUGCCGGGGGCAAAGGCUCCACAGCCUACCGCACAGGGGACAUGGGGAUCUACAUCUCGCGGAUCGCAGAGGGAGGGGCGGCCCACAGAGACUGCACACUCCGAGUAGGGGACAGGGUCAUCACCAUCAAUGGUGUAGACAUGACAGAGGCCAGGCAUGACCAGGCAGUAGCGCUGCUUACCGGCACCUCUCCCACCAUUGUUCUCCUGGUGGAGCGUGACCAGGCCGAGCCGGGCACCGCAGGGGGCUCCCCGGGCCUGUCCCGUGCCCGCGCCCACUCCCCCCCACCUCCAGAGCCCUCUGACUCACCCGACCAGGAAGAGGGCAAUGAUGACUCGAGCCUCUUGCCCCACGGGAACCACCUGAGCCAGCCGCUGGGGGACGAAUACCCCAUCGAGGAAGUGGCGUUGGUGAAAGCGGGCGGCCCCCUGGGACUGAGCAUCGUGGGAGGCAGUGAUCACGCCAGUCACCCGUUCGGCAUCAACGAGCCUGGUGUCUUCAUCUCUAAGGUGAUCCCCCAUGGCUUGGCGUGUCAGAGUGGGCUGCGGGUGGGGGACAGGAUACUGGAGGUGAACACCAUCGACCUGCGCCACGCCACCCACCAGGAGGCUGUUAGAGCCCUGCUCUCCAACAAGCAGGAGAUCCGCAUGCUGGUGCGCAGGGACCCCUCGCCUCCCGGGAUGGAGGAGAUAGUGAUCCAGAAGCAGCCUGGAGAAAAGCUGGGCAUCAGCAUCCGCGGCGGUGCCAAGGGCCACGCUGGCAACCCCUUCGACGCCACCGAUGAGGGCAUUUUCAUAUCCAAGGUGAGCUCCAGCGGUGCGGCGGCCAGGGAUGGCCGUCUGCUUGUGGGCAUGCGGAUCUUGGAGGUGAGUAACCACAGCCUGCUGGGCAUGACCCACACGGAGGCUGUACGCGUGCUCCGCGCCGUGGGAGACACCCUGGUCGUGCUGGUGUGUGACGGCUUCGACCCUGGCAACGCUGCCGCUAUAGAGGCGUCACCGGGCAUCAUUGCCAACCCGUUUGCAGCAGGCAUCGUGCGUAAGAACAGCAUGGAGAGCAUCUCCUCUAUAGACCGAGACCUGAGUCCCGAGGAGAUGGACAUCCUACAGAAGGAGGUGGAGAUGGUGCGAGAGACGUCCCAGUGGGAGAGAGAAGAGAUGGAGAAGGUGGAGCGCAUGCGCUUGGAGCGUGAGGAGGAUACUCGCCUGCUAGAAGAGGAGACCGAGAACCUGGGCACUGGGCCUCUGAAACUGGACUACCGGACGCUGGCCGCACUGCCCACCACCGCUCUGCAGAAGGUCAACAGGUUAUCUCCUUCUGUCAGUGCAACUGCCCCCAUGGAGGCCCCCAUGCAGGCCCAAUGUUCUUUCACCUUAGAGCCCCUGGGUUUUGACCUGGGGCAGCCCCCCACCUCCCUCUUCCAUGUGGACCCCCAUGCUUUACCUCAGUCCUGCCCCAUUAUGAACACAGAGGCAGGGCCCCUCUACAUGUCCCAGCACUCUCCCAGUCCCUUGAUAACCGCCUCCAAUCAAGAAGCAGCUAGACAAGAAGCCCUGCCUACCGGUGAAGACGAGGAGGUGGUUCUGGUGGACUCCCAGCCAAUCAACUUCACCGAGAACCCCUUCCUAGUGGCCAAUCGCAAGGGCAAGGGGUGCCUCCCCUCUGAGCGCAUCCUAUCAGGGCCUCCCGUGGGCUACGGGAGCGCGGGCAAACUGCAGCCCUGGUUAUUCAGCAAGGCGCCCUCCACUGAGCACCCCAGGACAGACAGUCCCAUUAGAGACGCCCCCUACUCACCGAGCACACAACCGCCCAGUGCUCAUUCCUCCACCAGGUCCCUGUGUGCAGGCAGGGAGACCCGCUUCGCAAGCAUUCAUUUCACCCCUACGGCACUGCCUGCCAAGGAGAAUAUCUCACCACUGAGUCCCUAUGAGACAAGGCCAGGUGCCAUCCAGCCCCUCUCCCGUGGUGGCGGGCGGCCGAUCACCUCGCCAGCCACUCCGGAUGGGCACAGCAGUCCCAAUCCCUUCCAGCAUGGCCCCGCCCCCAUCAACUCUCAGACCUUUCUGCAGUCUCGUGCCCCCUCCCCCGACACGAUCGAUGAGUUCCCCCUGAACCCCAAGCAGGCAUACAAGGCAUUCGCCGCCGUGCCUCACUCGCUGGCCGUGCUGGAAACUCCCCCGCAGGAUCUGUUUGGCCAGAGGAACAAUGUCCACCCCAAUCAGCCUUCCCCUUCUCCAGAGCCUGAGCUGAACAACGAGGUGUUUGAGGAUGAGGUAGAGGGGGACGGGGGAAUGGGUAUGGGUCAGGCAGCCCCCGUCUCUCCCCGACCCUCCCUCUCCUCUGACUGUCGGGACUAUAUGAGUCUGGCAGCAGUGCCACGCCUCUCCAGAGCCUCCAUGGACAUGGUUGUAAAGACUCCAUCACCUGGGGGCAGAGACAACCUGGAGCAGCGCUCCUUCAGGGACAGACAGAAGUACUUUGAAAUCGACAUGAAGCAGCAGACACCCGACACCAAGCCCAAAGGCCGUGUGUCCCUGGUUGGAGCAGACGACCUGAAGAAGAUGAGGGAGGAGGAAGAGAGGAGAUUCGAGCAGCGGGCUCGGGAGUACCUGAUGGAUGAAGAUGACGAGGAGGAGGAUGACCUGGUGAAGCAGAUGGGAGUGUUGAAGGCCACGGGCAAAGUGCUGCUGGACGGGGUGGAGUACAAGGUGGAGCCUGUAGCCAUGCCCCCCAGCUACAGCACCACACCCCCUAGCUACUGUGGCAGCUCAGGGCCCUCGUCAGUGGAUGGUAAUGGAGACUACCAGAGGAAUUCCUUAGAGGAGAGCUUCAGGCUGGAGCAGCAGAGGCCCCACUCCAUGACUGGUCUGAUCCUAGUGUACCCUGGAGAAUCGGGGGCUCCCAUCCGGACGGCCAAGGCAGAACGGAGGCAACAGGAGCGGCUGAGGAUGCAGAGUCCAGAGCUGGCCCCAGCUGGAGACAAGGACCUCUCCCCCUCCGAGAAACGGGCUCUGGAAGCCGAGAAGAGAGCCAUGUGGAGGGCAGCAAGGCCCUAUGGCUUAGAGGAGGAUGUUAGGCAGUAUGAGCAGGACCUGGCUAAGAGGCUCUACCAGUCACGAGUGAGGGCGUCUCAGGGCACCGCGCCACCCCCUCAGUCCCAAAACGCCGCCGCCUCUUCCGCUGCCUCCCAGCUCAGGAUGAAGUCUCUGGAGCAGGAUGCUUUGAAGGCUCAGAUGGUCAUCGCUAAGUCCCGGGAGGGAAAGAAGCGUGGCACACUGGACCAGCUGGCCGAGUCGCCCUCACCCGCCCCCACGCCAUCCCCCACCCCUCUGGAAGAUUUCAGUCCACAAGGAGUGACGUCACCAGGCAGACUGUCCCUGUCGGAAAAGAAGUUUGACUACCGACAGUUUGCUGCCAUUCCUUCUUCCAAACCCGUAUACGACAUCCAGUCCCCUGACGUGGUCGAUGACGUUCAGUUAAUUGACGAUGGCUCCAGUAACCCAGGUGACUUCCUGGGAUAAGCAACUCCUAUUGUGCAUGUUGCGGAUCCCGGGACUGAGGUGCCCACUGCCACCUCGGCGCUGGAGAUGGCCCUCUACAGCAACACGCGCAAGCUGAGGCAGGGCUGCCGCAGCCUGGAGACCGCCGUGCCCACAUAACACCUCACACACAUGUACCACAGGAGACUGGAGAGACAUACAUACACAGAGGAGGCACCGGAUCACUACACACACUCACAGGUUUGGGAGAUGCGUCCCAUGUAACCACUGCAGAGACCAUGAUGCUGAUAGUCAACACACACACACAAUGUCAUAUCCAGCGUGCCAGUCUUGCCUUUACAGUCUGAGGAUGUGUUGGCCUGAACAUGAGGCCCAACGUUCCUGAUGCCAGGGAGGAGGAGGGCUGGUGAGGGGAGCUAGCGUUUACGCUUCAGAAAUACCAUUCUCUUUUUGAUUUGGCUUCUUUUUCUUCAGUUUACGUUUUAGUAGCUGAAUUAUAUUAACAGGCGACUUAUGUUUUUACUUUUGACCCUCUGAUUUUUGCUGUUUUAAAUGAAAAAUGUGUUCUGGAAGAGAAAGAGGAAAAAAUAUGAAUUGUGUAGAUGUAAUACUAACUUUUCAGAUGCUAUUUUUGAGGUUUUCAAUGAAUAGAUUGUGAAAUGUCAGGGUUUUUAGCGGGCUUCGGGAGGGGGUGUAUAUAUUGGGAACAUACUGCUACCUUCACUGCCACAUUUUAAACACUACAUACAUAUCUCAACUGCACUACCACACUGCUUAGAAAACAUGUUUAUUUUUAAAUAAUUAAUUUUGCUUGUAUUUUAUUACUCGUUUCUAAAGCCUCCCCUGUAAUACAUUGUUACCCCCUGUACUUUUGAGUGCAACAGAACAAUGCAUAUCAUGAUAUCAUAUUAAUUCAAAUGUACAUCUUAUGAGGCAAGCACAUGUUUAAUCCAUAUCACCAAGAUAUUUUAUUUUACAAUGAAUACAUUUGUUUUCACUUUGAUGCACAGGCCUUAACCAGGUUCUGACUGCUGAAAUGUCUGUAAUACAGCAUGGUACAUUACAAGGAACAUGCUGUCACAGACUUGUAGGAUACUGAUCCCAGUACAGUUUUUGAUCUCGGUGGAUCAGAGUAAAGGAUCUCUAGCUUUCCUGGACCAGGUUUAUCAAAUUCUGUCACAUUCCCAUUCGAGAGAAUGUAACUACACUGGAGAGACCAGCAGUGAGACAUACACCUACACACAUGGACAGAUAAGCCACUAGUCUUUAUUGAAAAUGGCUGUAAAUUUAGGAACAUAAUCUCAGCUUCAUCUCCUUUUACAUAUACGGUACUUUCCCUGCCCUUUUGUUGGGCAUCAUUUGUCAAUGUGAAUCUCGCUCCUAUCUGGAUGGUUUUCCAGAUUUUACCGGUGAAGGUAGCAGGUGUUUGCUUUUUUUUUUUAUCUGCCUUUGGUUAAUUUAAAUCUGACACCCACUGAAAAUCCUUUAUUUUUGUGUGAAUAAUGUACAAAAUACUGAAUGGAAAGCAAAAUGUAAGGCUGAAAUUGAGCCAGUCUACUAAGCCAAGACCAAGCAAGUGUCUGGACUGGGGAGCUCUCUCCCUCCCUCUCUCUCUCUGCAUGUACAAUAUAUUGGCUUUACUGGGAGAACCUGUAGAGGCAGAAGACAUUUUGUUAAUCCCUUUUGAAAUGUAUCUCAUUCGACCAUCAUUCUCAAUCUCUUUCCUCUGCUUUACCUGCUGCUGUCAUGGAUGUUAUCUGAUGGCAGCUUUGUUGGAGAGUCAUGACAGUAGCACUCGUGUUUAAUUUAAUGUACUAAUCAUAUCUUUCUGUGUUGCUUUCGCUGACUGAAAUUCAGUUAGGAUGAUAACAUUUGCGAUUGGUUGACAAAAUGUUUUUUAUUUUUUACUUACUGUAGUGGGUAAAACUUUCCAGACAAAAUGGGAUUCACAACAUUUUUUUUAUGCAAAACAACUGUUGGAACUUUCUUUGGUUACACUCUUCUCUCAGAGGGAAAGGGCAGAAGUGCUGGGGUCAAGGCUCAUCCAAGACUGUAACUAGUGAAUUUGUACAACCAAAGAGGUCUAUUUUGUGGUUCAGGAAUAAAAAAAGUUUACUUUUCAUUUAA